GCCCUCCGGCUGGAAGUGCUUCCUUUAUCACUUGACUGUGUUCCUCAUAGUUCUUGCUUGCCUGAUCCUCAGCAUUCUGUCAACCAUCCCCCUGUAUGAUAAAUUUGCUUUCACAAUUCUCUUCUGGAUGGAAGUGAGAUGUAUCUUCAAACAACAACGGAUCAACAAAGCAUCGGGCCCAGACCUUGCGUCCCCAUCCUGCCUCAAAGUCUGCGUGGACCAGCUCGUUCCAGCCAGAUCUUCAAUAUAUCUCUGGAACUGUGUGAAAUACCAUCUUGUUUCAAACGCACCACCAUCAUCCUAGUCCCCAAGAAACAUGCAAUCUCAGGACUGAAUGACUACAUACCUGUCGCCCUGACAUCUGUGGUCAUGAAGUCCUUUGAAGGCCUCAUGCUGAACCACCUCAAGAGCGUCAAAGGACCCAUGCUGGAGCCCCUGCAGUUUGCCUACGGAGCAAACAGGUCUGUGGAUGACGCAGUCAAGAUGGGACUGCACUUCAUCCUCGAUGGCGGUGGGACCUACAUGAGGAUCCUGUUGGUAAAGUUCAGCUCUGCGUUCAACACCAUCAUUCCCGAACUACUCUCCUCCAAGCUUGUCCAGCUCAGCGUCUCGCCUACCAUCUGCCGGUGGAUUUACAGCUUCCUGAUGGGCAGGACAUAGCAGCUGUCAAACUCCUGACAUUUGCAGAUGACAUCACAGUCAUCGGCCUCAUCAAAGACGGUGACAAACCUGCGUAUUGACAGCAAGUGGAGCAGCUGGGGCUUUGGUGCGGCCGACACAACCUGUUGUCAUACGAGAGCAACUCCAACUACUGAAGACAAAUUCCUUGAGAUUUUCCUUGUGGUCUUCUUAGGGGUGGAAUAUCUUGUCCGGCUUUGGUCAGCAGGUUGCCGCAGUAUAUAUGUCGGCAUCUGUGGACGACUACGAUUUGCAAGAAAGCCAAUAAUUAUUAUAGAUCUGAUUGUUGUGGUUUCCUCCAUAAUUGUGCUAACAGUUGGCUCCAAUGGACAAGUGUUUGCAACCUCUGCUAUUCGGGGGAUCCGUUUCCUGCAGAUACUCCGUAUGCUCCACGUAGACCGCCAGGGAGGAACAUGGCGUCUCCUGGGGUCUGUUGUCUAUGCCCAUCGCAGGGAGCUGAUCAUGACCCUUUAUAUUGGCUUUCUGAGCCUGAUCUUCGCCUCAUACUUUGUCUACCUGGCAGAAAAAGAAACCUACAACUUUGGAACCUAUGCUGAUUCCCUGUGGUGGGGAGUGAUAACAGUGACGACCAUUGGCUAUGGAGACCUCAUACCUCAGACGUGGCUUGGGAAGAUCAUUGCAUCUUGUUUCUCUGUCUUUGCCAUAUCCUUCUUUGCACUCCCUGCAGGAAUUUUAGGCUCAGGCUUUGCACUGGAGGUUCAGCAGAAACAAAGACGGAAACAUUUUAAUAGACAAAUCCCUGCUGCUGCUAGUGUCAUUCAGACAUCAUGGAGGUGUUUUGCAGUGGAAAACUGUGAUUCAGCCACGUUUAAGAUGUUCUUGGUAAAGAGAUCCAACACACCUAAAUCCUCACUAUCGACGCCAAUGCCCAAGGAAUCGGCGAAGAAAUUGAACAAGGACAUCACUUCAAAUUUUCUCACAGCUCCUAGCAUCUCUGCGUUCGACAGUGAGAGCAACAACUUUCUGAGCUCUGAUGCGUACAGCACUAUCGACCUCGAUAAAAGUCCUGGACUUCCGGAUGUUCAUUCUCCCAAUGGCCAUAAGAGGAACUGCAGUUUUGCGGAUGACCUGGAACAGGAGUCAGAGCGAGACAGUGCACUGACUCCAGCUACCUCCAUAUCACAACUAUCAGAGAAUCACAGACAAGCCAUCCGUGUGAUCCAAAAAUUGCGCCUUUAUGUGGCUAAGAGAAAGUUCCAGCAAGCUCGUAAACCAUAUGAAGUCCGAGAUGUGAUUGAGCAAUACACCCAGGGUCACCUCAACCUAAUGGCGCGGAUCAAGGAGCUGCAGAGAAGACUGGACCAGUCAUUAGGGAAGAUAACUUUAUUCCAGACGGGAGCAGAUCGAGCUAAAGACAAGGGAAGCAACUCUAUUGGCUCCCGACUCAGCAGAAUGGAGGACAAGAUCUCACAAAUGGAUCUGAUGCUGAACCGCAUUGCAAACUCUCUCAGUAUUCUGCCGGACCGGAGGGAUGUCAGUGGGAGUGAGCGUGAAGGAAGACUGAAGCCACAGCCUUGCCACACCGGCAAUAUCAACCCCAGUCAUGACGGUUUGCCAAGCUAUGAGCAGCUCUCCGCAAAAUCGGACGACAGUGCCUGAUCUACCUAUCUAUCUAUCUAUGCAUCUAUCGAUCUAUCUAUGGAUCUAUGUUUUGUAACUAAAAUUCCGAAUAUUCCUUUUAUUUAGCUGCAUCUACACAUGGAUCGGUGUAGCUGUUCAGGCCAAACAUUUCUACAAAUACUAACUUCAUUCAUAUGAAAGCAUUUGUUCAAUUACCUGGUGCACGUAGUAAUAUAGCCUUUCCUUUUCUAAAAUGACAUCCCUAGUUGGUAAAUUGUAAUGCAAAAUAUACUUUGCGCGCCUUGCUGUAAAAUUUAUUGUCAAAUUAAGUGUCCUUGAAAUAAAUUUACAACCCCAAUUCCAGUGAAGUUGGGAUGUUUGUGAAAGUC